CAUGGAAAAUAUUCUGCAGAGGAGAAUGUGAAGGAGAAAACAUUCUUAUUAAUACAACAGAUGAGAAGCAUCAACGUCAAAGAUACAGCACUGAAUAUAUAAUUGUAGAAUAUUUUCCUGCUUUGUCUGUGAACAUCACACAGCUGAUCAUGUCUGAUGCUGGACAGUACAGCUGUGCUGUGGCUGAAUCUCCAUCAUCAGUUUCAUACCAACAGUUUGAAGUUGUUGUUGCUGAAGCACUGCUGGAUGGAAACGAUGAUCAGCUGAAACACUUUGAUAAAGAAACUGGAAGCUCUCUCACAGUCGGAUGUUCCUUUAAUCCGGCUGGAGGACAUAAGUACCUCUGCAGAGGAGAAUGUGGAGAGCAUGAGGUUCUUCUUCAAACAGAUGGUGAAGAUGAUUUCAAAGACAGAUACAGAAUUGGAUUUAGAGGAACGUCAGAGGAGAAAUAUAAAGGAUCAGGAAUUCUGUAUGUGACGAUCACACAGCUGACUGAGUCUGACUCAGGACGGUACAGAUGUUCUCUGAAUCCAGCUGUUGGUCAAGGUUCAUUCAGAGACUUUGAGAUCAACGUCACAGAUGCAGUCGUCCAGUCAGCCUCAGCUUCUUCAUUUACCACCGAGCAGUCUGAGAAAACAUCUGCAGGUGUGCUGCUGCAUGUGAUCAUCACUCCAUUCAUCAUCGUCGUCGUCGUCCUCUCAUCACUGGCUGUUCUAAUAAUCUGCAUUAAGAGGAAGAGCGACAGAGGUUUGAGGACCAGAGGAAACUCAGAGGGCACAAACAUGGAGGACGUCCACUACGAGAACUGUACUCCAGGUUCUACACGUGAAGACUCGAUCUACCAGAGCCUCGAUCCAGCCGGCAGGGACCAGGACCAGACCUACUCUACACUCACACACCACACAUGAGACUCUCUGGAUUCACACCUGGGUUUGUUUCAGUGCAUCAAAGACACAGUUUGUACACAGACUGGAUGAAUCUGCUGUGAAUUCAUCCUCAGUCUGUACAGUUUCCUGUCUGUGGUGCUGACUGUGUCUCUUGGAAUUUGGAUGCUUAUCCUUUUUCAUUUAGUUUAGGAAGUUAUGAUGUUUUAUUUUUGUUUUGAUUCGUGUACUGUCUUAUUUUCUUUGUUAUGUUAGCCUUCACUGACCCUAAAGAGAAAUUCAGCUCCAUGAACUUUAUCACUUUUAAAA